AUGGCCUCAUCAACGCCCAUGAAGGUGGUGGACAUCCACACCCACAUGUACCCCCCGUCAUACAUCAAGAUUCUCGAAUCUCGAACCACCAUUCCCGUCGUGCGAAGCUUCCCGCAAACUCCGGAUCCGCGCCUCAUCCUCCUUGCCUCGGAGGAGCAGGCUCUCGAUGAAGCCACCAAAGACCCCUCGGCGAAGCCUCCCGGCCGGCCUCUGACCUCGCACUAUGCCUCCCUUAACCAAAAGGUGCACUUCAUGGACACGCACAAGAUCGACAUCUCGGUCGUCUCCCUGGCGAACCCGUGGCUCGACUUCAUCGAUGCUUCCGAGUCCGGCGCCAUGGCCAAGGGCGUCAACGAGGAGUUCGACGGCAUGUGCGCCGCACACCCGGGCCGUCUCUUCUUCUUCGCCGCUCUGCCGCUGACUGCGCCGCUCGAGACCAUCCUCGACGCCAUCAACCACGUCAAGGCACUCAAGUACUGUCGCGGCAUCAUUCUCGGCACGUCGGGCCUGGGCAAGGGUCUCGACGACCCGGAUCUGCUGCCCAUUUUCAAGGCCAUUGCCGCUGCCCACCUGACCGUCUUCCUGCACCCGCAUUAUGGAUUGCCCAACGAUGUCUGGGGGCCCAGAGCGAGCAAGGAGUACGGCCACGUGCUGCCUCUAGCGCUGGGUUUCCCGAUGGAGACCACUAUUGCCGUCGCACGCAUGUACUUGGCCGGCGUCUUCGAUGCGGUGCCUGAACUGCGCAUGCUUCUAGCACACAGCGGUGGCACGCUGCCCUUCCUUGCCGGACGCAUCGAAAGCUGCAUUAUGCACGACGGACAGUUGGUGCGCGAGGGCAAGGUAGGCAAGGGCCGCAGAACGGUGUGGGAUGUGCUCAAGGAGCAGAUCUACCUCGACGCCGUCAUCUACUCUGAAGUCGGGUUGAAGGCGGCCAUUGAUGCGAGUGGAGCGGACAGGCUCAUGUUCGGCACGGAUCACCCCUUCUUCCCGCCAUUGACCACCGAUGAACAGGGUGAGUGGGAGAGUGUGAGCAUGAACGCCGAUGCGGUGGCUGCGGCGGUGGGCGAGGGGAGUGACCAGGCGAAGGCCAUCAUGGGCGGCAAUGCGAUCGAAGUUUUGAAUCUGAAGGUGGAUUGA